ACCAACCUGCUUCUCUUCGCUUCAUUCUCAAACAUCUUGAGGACUUGCUCUUCCUCUUCUCAUGCAAUAGGACAUCCAUCUUCAACCUCAACAAGAACAUCACAACAACAUGGCAGGCAAAAAGGCCAGCACGGCGGAUCGCGGCCCAACUGCCAUGCACAAGUAUCGCGGUACUGGUUUCGAGGAAUUCUAUGCCGACCCUCCCAUGACUCCUGCCGAAGCCCAAGAGGAGCGCGAGAAUAUCUACAGCCUAGACCUGAACUUCGCCGAACGCAUCCAAUCAUGCAUCCAGCGCUACCGCGCUCGCCGCCGUCUAGGUGCUUCCGACCAGAUCUUCAACAAGUACCUCUUCCUGGGAGGCAUCGACUCCACCCCUCGCAUGUUUGGCGGCAACCUUGAUGCCGAUCUCAAGGACAUGACACCGGCGGAGAAGCGGGAGGCAACGGCCAUUGACACGGUCCACAGCUCCGGCGGUGGCGCUCGCUUCUACAACGAGGAUGAUCCUGAAGGUUGGGAUGUCGACUUUGCCGGUGUAGUCGCGGGUUUCUGCUCCGAGACUCUGCCCAAAGAGACGGCCUGGAAUUACGCACACAUGGGCAAGGCGGUUGGCCUGAUUGAGAACUUUCUCACCUACAUCCUCCAGCACGAUGUAUGCCCGGAGUAUGACGCCAAUGUCAAGGAAGCUCUUGAUUUCUGCCAAAAGGCCAAGGUCGACCUGCCGUUGAGUCACCAAGCUCUCCUUCGGUUCCCUGGUCAGUUCAACCUGGCGCUGUCGGAGCUGUUUUGCAAGGACUUUUACUUCUUCGGAGACCGCGACGAGUUCCAGCGUCCAGAGAACUUCUCCCCCGAAGCAGUCUUUAAGAUUGCAAUGGCAAUGACUGCCACCAAGGAGCAGUAUGAUGCCGUCACCAGUGUUCUGAAAAAUGGCACCAUUGAGGUCAUCGGCGAGGAGGAGUGCAGCGUCGAGAUCAUCUCUAUUCACCGGUCCACAGUCGAGUCGCGCAAGCUCACCCGAAGCAUCCUCUUAGGCAAGGGACACCGAUUCGAGCCCGUUGGAACAAUAGUCACAAAGCCCUGCGUCAUUGAGGAUGGCUAUGACUACGGAGAGGACAUCAAUUUGUCCGAUGGACAGCGAGAUACCUUCUAUCUGGAAGACUCAAUCCUGCAGCGUCUGAAGCCAGGCUUCAAGCUGCAACUCUGCGUCUGCGAGCUCAACAUUGGCAUCAAGUUCAUCAAGCAGGCUGGCCAGGUCCUCGUGGAGUGGUAUACCUUCCUGCCGCAGAACCUCAUGCGACACUACAAGGAGCCCGUACCCAAUGAGCGCCCUGCCCCUUCUGCCAUCAAGGUAGACGAGGAGACUGGAAAGGAGAACAUGAUUGGGAAAUAAGUGCCUGCGAUAGUUCGUCAAGGUAGUCAGAACAACAGCUGGAUGUCACCACGAGAGUAUCACCAGAGUUGGCCCUCUCACAGGGAGGAUGGAGGUCACUGGAUAGAAGGCUCACGAGCAAGGUUGCGGCUUGAGGCUGGAAACGGGUCAUUGAAUUAGACUUCCUCCGAGGUAGCUACGUCACGGAGGCAUCGGCGUUUCGGAAAGAUUGGACCAAGAUACCCCUUCAUAGUGAUGAAUUGAGAGGAUCUAGUGCCUAGUGU